AUGGGGAACAUAACUUCCGGAUGUUGGCCUUCACACCUUUCUGACAUUCGACCACCAGAUGCAGAUCUUGCGGAAGGAGAAGCAACGAAUCAGGUGGAGUUGGCCACAUCAUUGCUGUUUACCAUUCCUGGGUUGGCCUCUGCAUAUCACACGUCCGUUGUCGUCAACGGCGAGGAGUUCUUCUUCUCGGAUAGUGGAAUCUUCGCAAACAUGACUUUGACAAGCCAUCAAGGCAAGCCGUCAGAGAAGUUGGCGAUGGGCCUGUCUCGCUGGACUGGCCAGCAGCUUUUUCGAGCUUUACAAGAGCACUUCCGGCCAGGCACCUAUGACCUCAUACGGAAGAACUGCAACAGCUUCAGCGACUGCGCUUUGCACUUCUUGCUGAGAAAGAGACUGCCCUCUAAAUACUCCGCCAUGGAGGCAAUGGGGCAGCGGACGAGUUUGGACCUCAUCCAUCAUUUCACAAAUGGUGCAUACCAGCCGAAUCAGGCUGCCGCCAACUUCAGCACCGAGGCAAUCAUACAGCAGCUGGACAGGCUUGACCCUCGAACUCUUGCAGCUGGCUCUACAACUUGUACUGGCAAGAACGCUCUGAGAAUAGGGGCCCCUGUCGCGGUUUGCGGCCUCAAAAAUGCUGAGCAUCUCAAUGGCCUCAGUGGGAGGAUUGUCGGCUACAACUCGGUGAACGGACGCUGGGAGGCAAAGCUCAGCAACGGUGACACAAAGGCUCUCCGAGCCGAAAACCUUCGACCGGAAGGAGAACGAGUCUACCUUCCGGGUGACAAAUGCAGGAUUCACAGCCUCCAAAGCGAUGCUGGCAAGUUACUCAAUGGCCGCGUUGGUGAAGUCAACCGCUACAUCCAUGACGUUUCCAGGUACGAAGUGCUCGUGGACGGUGUCUCCAAAUCAAUCAAGUCGGAAAACUUUGUUCAGCCCGACGUCUCAAUGGCUUGUGGCAGCGCAGCUUCGUCACAAGAUGAACUUUCAGGCGCUACAGCCCGUGCUCCCUUUGAGCAUUCACCCCGGACACUCGCUUCGGCACGGCGGCGUGAUGAGAUCACUGCGAUCAUGCGGAGCUGGUCGCAGGAGGCCGAGUUCCGGAGCUUCACAGCUGGCCUCCACGCCACUCCCAGCCCGCUUGCGAGUCCUCAACGAGUGGCUUCACUCGGCAUCCCUGGUCCGAACUGGUCAAAGCACCCAUGGCUGCCUUCUUCGCCAGUGCAAUCGCAGCAGCACAUGGAAGAGGUAGAAUCAGACUCCGUUUGGGAAAGCAGCUCCUCUAUUCCAGAGAGGCCCCUUGCUUCCGCACGUGCCAGCGACCAGCCGGUGGCAAGUUUGCAAGUACACUUGCCUGGAACGGUCGUACCGUCUUUCGACGCGCACCUCAGCGCAGUCCAUGGUCACGACAUCCUUGAGGAGAGGUUGGCAGAGAUCUUGAGAGUGCCGGCGGCAGCUGUUAAGCUGAUAAACAGCUGCAUUCAUCCAAAGUGA